CUGUUUAAAAGAUAUUAUUCCAGGCUAGAACGACUUGCAUUGCAAAUCAAGCCAUUUAUUGUACAUCCGGGAUGGAUGAAUGUGCAGAACCUUCGGGUUCUUCGAGUUAUCCAUCACUGGAUGAGACACAUGCUAAUUAUAAACAUCAGUUGUGUGUUUCAACUCGAAAGUUUGCAAGACUACUAGAUAUCAAAAACGCCGAUGCCCACAAUGGAACUAUCCAACCUCCCGAUCAGUGCAGCAAACGAUGUACAAGUCGUCUUCCAAUCUCCGUCGUCAAUAAUAAGAACACCAACACGAUGAUCAGAGAAGUAGCAUACCAAACGGAGAAAAGAGGACUUGAAAGUGAGGAAACAUUCCGUGGAUCUCGAACCAAUAUGGCGAAUCUUGGCAGCAGCUCAACGGCUAACACGAUUAAACAAACAACUGAACUGCUCGAUACGAUUCUCGAGGCCACGCGAGAUGACAUGGCGCGACAAAAAGAGAUUGCACAGAGUGAACAGGCAGACAAAGAUUCUGGCAUCAGCAUAACUACAUUCGACCCUGACGAUGUUUGACUGAAAAGACAUAAUUUCCCAUCAAAAGGAGGUCCUACAAAGUAUAAACCAUAUAAAUGGUGUAUGAACGCCUUUCGAUCGUGAAUGAGAAUGAAGCCGAAACAUCGACAAUCUGUGAUGUUCUCUCUUCUUGCCGUCAGAUGGCUGGUAGAAAUAAACAACGUGGAGAUGGUCGUGAAUGAAAGUAAUCUGUGAUUACUAAUCUAUGCUCAAUGCAUGUUCAUGCGUCGGUCCGUUAUCAUUUGAAGAAGACGUCAAGCUUUAUUUGUCACGGGGAAAUACACUUUUGGUCAAAUAUAUGGAAUAUUGGGCAAUUCACAAAAAUCAGUAUAUUGUCUUAAUCUUUACAAUUAAAGUUUCAAUUGCAUGAA